AGAAAACGACCAUAAUUACCGUAAAUUCAUAAUUGGCGAGCGGGAGAGAACACUUCUUCAUUGUCAUAAAAGUGGUCUUUGUACCACGAUUGUCUUUAGUUUUCUAGAAGAAUGACUGACCACGAUAUUCGAAGUUUUAUGCUCGGGAGUAGCGCGGACCCCAGACGGAUGCCACUGCCGCCAGCUGACGACGCUUCAUCGUUUUCGGGAGCUUCCUCGAGCGGGACAGGAGCUGCUAGUGAACCUGCGAGUGCAGCAGCCAUGUCGACGUCCUCGCCAAGUAGGCGGUCCACUGCGGGUGGCGCGCAAGCAGGAGCUUCCACAAACCUGAUCCAAGGAGGCAGUGCGAUCGUCGCGAACCCUCGCAGCGGUGCUAUAUCCGGAGCAGCCUCGUCGUCGUCUUCACUCGCAACUGGAGGAGGCUUAACGUCUGGUGUUCAUCCCGGUGCGGGUGUGACUAGUGGACCAAGCACAGGAGUCGUACUAGGUACGCAGUCACCACCAGCAAACGGUAGUGAGCAGCAAGGAGGAAGCUCAGGGAGCACUUUUGGCCUUUGGCCAUUUUUUGCGAAAAAGCGGGAAGCAGACGCGGGAAGCAGCAGUAGUACGGCAGUUCCGAGCUCCAAAACAGGCGACCAGGAUAGCAAUUAUGCGGGAAGCAUGGGUACUUAGUUGUUCUUAUUUUAUCGUAUGAUUCAAUGGCACCACCAUGAACUAGGAAUAUUACACUUGCAACACGAGGCUAUGGGGUUGGUAAAUCUUCAUCUUCAUUAACUCAUCUCUUCAUUCAUUCUUUCUGAACUUCAACAUCGAGACCUUAACGAACAUGAAAUACUCAAAACAUCAGUCGAUCAAACUUCGGCUUCCUCUUCGUCGACUGCGGAUAAUGAGGAAGAGUUGCGGCGCAAAAGAAGUGAGUACGUUGCACAGGCUACCUUGCCUAAGCUGCACACUAUCGAACCAGCGUUGAGACGGAAGAGCAAGUCCGGUCGUGCGUCGGUCUGCACAUUUAAAUGCCGGUCCUCCCUACGCGCAGUGCGGUACGCAAUACGCAAGCUUGGCUGGGAAGAAGUUACAACGGAAACGACAGAUUGCAGUGUAGCAUGGCUAGAACAUGGAGGUAUAUUUGAUUGCUGAAUUUUUACAUGAUUCAUUGUACUAGUUGCUCAGAAGUCUGAUUUUUUCGUGCGAUGAAGUGGUAGAACUGAGAAACGAAUGAAAGUGGUAAUUUCUUUGUGAUUAGACAUCAAACCAUUCUUGAUCGCAAACUUGAUUUGAAUACAUUUAGAUUCUGUGCUGAAUCUGACGCCGUACCAAGCCGUGUCGAAGAUUGAGGGCAUGGUGCCUAUCUGCCGGAAAGCAGCUUGCGCCAUCUCCUUGAACCGGAUUGCCAAAUCCUUUCCUAACGCUUACUCCUUCGUGCCCAAAACCUGGGUGUUGCGACGAGACGGCUUUGACGAGGCCACGCAUUUGGAGAAAGUGAUGACCGAGCGAAAAGGCUGGGUCUACAUCGCCAAGCCUACGGCGGGAAGUCAGGGACGGGGUGUGCAACUAGUGAAGAGGUGGCCAGAUUUGAAGCCAAUAAUCCGAGAAGUGUGGCCGGAUGGGCUAGAUAAUAGCGAAGCACUAAAGUAUUCGAUGAAUUUUAUUUGAAUAGAUUUUUUGUUGCCUGCUGUUCGUUGUAGUAUAUUGAUACUUUGUUUGUUAAAUGAAGAAGACUUUUUCAUGCUACGCUGAAGAUUCCGAAAAUGAAACCUCCGCUGGACAUUGCCUACACCUCUGAAAAAUCUUGAAACGAAUGAUGUAUGAAGUACAUUUCGAUUUUCACCCUCACCAUGAACUCCAAAACAAAGGUAUCGUCGCAAAGUGGAGUUUGUGGUUCAGCGUUAUGUCACGCGGCCUCUGCUUGUGAACGGGUACAAGUUCGAUUGCCGAAUCUACGUCCUAGUGACCUCGAUCACCCCACUGCGCGCCUACUUAUUCGAGGAGGGUUUGGCGCGUUUCUGCACAGUGCCCUACGAGCGUCCCAAAAGCCAUAACCUGGCCAACUCGUGCAUGCACUUGACGAAUUACGCGGUGAACAAGAAGAGCACCGACUUUCUGCCCUCAAGGCAGCACGACGAGGGGUCGAAGCGCAGUCUGAGCAGUGUCUUCGACUUGAUCCACUCGGAGGAAGGCCCGGAUCCAGCGACCAUGUGGCAGCAGAUCAAGGAGCUCUCAGAGCGAACAUUACUGGCGAUUAAGCCGUCCUUGAUCGAGCACUACGCGCACUUUCUCGCAGGGAAAAUGGGACAUCACCCGCACGGCGCGAAAGGGUUUCAGGUCAUAGGGCUGGAUAUCAUUUUCGAAGAUAAUUGCCGACCAAAGCUCCUCGAACUCAACGCGAACUGCUCUCUCAGCUGUCUUUCGCCAAUGAUGGACCCGGAUGACGGCAAGGUACUUGACAUCAAAAUUGAGCCAAUGCACUUCUAGCAUUUUUUUUUAUAGAUUUUGAACAGGACUACAGAUACAAUUGCCAAGUAGGCUUUUUACAGGAUUGCCAAGUAGACUUUUUUCUCAAGGUGGAGGAUUAACUCAAUAUUAUUAGAAUCCUCUACUUCUUGCCAGGUGAUGUGGAAGCCCGACAUGAGUGGGCCGCGGAUGGAGGUUUCUGCUUUGGAUUUAGCUAUUAAAAGUGAAUUGAUUGCCCAGGCUUUGCUUUUAGCGAAUCCGAUGAAUCAUAGAAAGGCAGUCCAAGGAAGCGUGGAGUUUAAGGAACAGUGCGGAGGACUUCCAGCUGGGUCAGUUUUCGCAGAACCGUUGCCAAACGAAGAGCAGAGAAGGGAAGCAAAACCACCGCGGCGCGCGGACAAACCCAUGCUGGCGCCAGGAUUCAAAGCGCUUGAUUUCACCACAAAGUACUUUCUUUCGUUCUUAUGAUGGAACCAACUAGACUAAUACAACUGUCAUUCUGAUUGUGCUCUGACUCUACUAUAGAAUUCUUGAUGGCUUCCUAAAAAUUCUAACUCGACUGUAGAAUUCUAAUAACGACUUCCUAACAAUUCUCUCCAGACACUCACUACAGCCAUUAAGCGAUUUUCGCUUCGUACAAUCACCUGACAAUCCUUACAGCCAUCAAGCGAUUUUCGAUAUUGUGCAGUCGCACGAGCACACUUAUCGGUUAUUCCGCGGUCUGCUGGCUCCUGGCCAGACGAGCUUCACGAAGAAUUCUUUCCGAUCUCUGGUCAUCAGCGGAUACUUCUUGUACGAGCGAGGCCUCGACGACAGCAGCGAUGAGGAGGAUGAAGCGUUCCGCAUCAAAAUUUUUGACGACAUGGCUUCAGCGGAUGCGUUCUUUGCCAGGGUGUUGUUUGAAGCUAACCGAGAAAACAAUUCGGUCGCGAAUGGACUAAACUACCUGCAAUUCCUCAAGUACUAUCCUUUGUUUUUCUAACACCUAAGCAAUUUUUUUUCGUGUAGUAAAAUGUGUUGCAGAUGAAUGCAAAAAAAUAUUACAGAAGAUCAUAGAUCCAACUUUUCUCUUUUUGUCAGCUUCGUACUUUCCCCUCAACAUCAUCAUGACCGUAAAACAAAGGUACAUCUGUGUCGAGUUGGGGAGCCGUAUUGAUGAUACUUCGGAAUUUCAUGCCAUCCAUGCUUUCGUCCGCCGCUGUGUGGGCACCUAUGAGGGCAGCGACUCCUCGGAAAGUGAGGAGGAAGAGGAUGAUGGAAAGGACGAUGCGGUUGGUGUUUAAACCUGCGGCAGUCCUAAGAACACCGCGAGCAAUCCGAAGAAGAAGAACACUACUAGAAAUCCGAAUUGUGCUACGAGAUACCGCCCAUCUUACGACCAGCUACUCCUACCUACUCCUUAACGACCCCAGCGACUCAUGACUCAAAUGACCAAUACUUUUAUGAGACCACCAAGAAUACAUCACUUCCUCGAUCCCGCCACCAAACAUGGAAACCAUAGCAAGAACAACUGCUCAAAAAUUAGCACCGUAUUGAGCACGAGAGGACCAAGCGGCCUGUCUGUGUCUGAAUGUUUAACUUGUAGGGAAUUAUCAAAGCCAACUGUAUUUAGAAAUUGCACCUCGAGUUGUAUUUCCAUCGCUUGAACAUUCAUCUGGAGAGCAUUAUCAUCUAAAGGUCUAUUUAUCAAUGAAGUUCAUCACUUAAAUUUUCUUCCAUCCCGAUAGAAAUUUUAUGGCAUACUAGAUUAGGCAAGGCAUAACUGAGUUAUCAUCAUGACAACAACUGUCUUGAAUCUAUUUAGUGCAAGUGGGGGUGAAAACAUGAGUUUUUUCUUGAUGGAAAAAACAAUGUUGUAGGUCAAAGACGAACACCUAUCCCGCCAGUAAGUAUUUAACUCGUAUCUCAUUCAUGAAUGCAUGAAUGUAUCUCGAUCUGUUCACAGCACUAAGAGAUGAAGCUCUGUUCACAAGAACAACCUAGAAUAUACUGUCCAAGGAAUUAUCCAACCAAGAAUUUAAGGAAACCACCGUUAUGUUACUUGCGACCAAGAAUACUGUUAUGUUUUGCGCCAACAAACCAUUCGUCCUUAAUUUUAGGCUAAACGAUCACCGCUGUUCGAUGACGAAGAACACCGGAAGAGAAGCAGUAAGCCGUGAUAAUUGUAUCUUAGAUCAUUAUAAUUGGAGGGUCGUGAAAAAAUAGUUUACUACGACCUACUUGCAUAAGCGUUCUUUUACUAGGCCUGUAUCCUACCAUGUAGUAAUUGGAAAAUGAAAUCCCACCCAGACGUAGAAUGAGCAAGAGCUGCCUCAAAACACCCAUUGUCCUUUUAGAAGGAUGAUGUCCACAGGGAUCAGCAAGGCGGGUACCUGAU